AUGGUGGAAAGAAAUACACGCGACGAGCCCCAGGCAUGGCCAAAUGCUCCUCGCGAGAAGGUCGUCGAAUCCGUCGAGGCUGCGUAUGACGACCACAAAUCCGAGGUCGUGAAACCAGGAUCGAAAUGGCAGAGAUUCAUCGAUGUACUAACGUGGACGCCACCAUGGUGUCGAUGGGAUCCAGAAAAACCGCCCAAAUUCUCAGUCUGGCAUAAUGUUCUGUUCGCGUUUGCAGGUGCCUUUACUGUGGGCAACUUGUACUACAACCAUCCCAUCUUGAAUAUUCUGGCUCGAGACUUCAACGUCCAUUAUGUGACGGUAUCACGAAUUCCGACUCUGAUGCAAGCUGGUUAUGCCACUGGUUUGCUGUUCGUAUGUCCGCUGGGCGACUUGCUGAAGAGGAGACCGUUGACGUUGGUGCUCAUUGCGUUCACAGCCACCAUGUGGAUCGGAUUGUGCGUGACCCCUUCCUUCACGGCUUUCUGCGCAAUCUCCUACAUAUGUGCUGUCACAACGGUCAUCCCUCAAGUAAUGCUGCCGUUGGUCUCGGAGUUGGCACCCCCUAAUCGACGCGCUUUGGCCUUGAGCAUCACCACUUCUGGUAACCUUCUUGGCAUCGUGAUUGCCCGUCUUCUCUCGGGAGUUGUCACACAAUUUACGUCGUGGCGAAACGUCUACUGGGUCGCCCUUGCGUUGCAAUACCUCAUCCUUAUUACGCUCUGGCUUUUUAUGCCCGACUAUCCCUCUUCGAACCCUCAGGGAUUGAACUACUUCAAAAUGAUCGGCGGAAUCAUUUUUUUGUACAAAAAGCAUGCCGUCCUCGUUCAAGCCGGAUUGAUCAGCUUCUGUAUCUCGGCCGCAUUCACAAAUUACUGGACUACACUCACAUUCCUCCUGGCCGAUUCACCGUACAACUACUCGCCAGUCGUCAUUGGGUUGUUCGCACUGAUCGGUGUGGCUGGUAUCGUAAUGGGCCCGCUCUACGCGAAAUACCUCAUUCAACCCUUCGCGCCUCUCUUUUCUUGCUUGAUGGGCUGUGCCGCCAAUCUGAUUGGGAUUACCGUCGGGACAUAUACGGGAAAGCUCUCUGUCGCAGGACCGAUAAUACAGGCUUUCACGCUGGACAUGGGCCUUCAAAUUACCCAAGUGGCAAAUCGCGCUGCCAUCCACGCGAUUGAGCCAAACGGGCGGAAUCGAGUAAACACGGCCUUCAUGUUGUGUACAUUCACGGGUCAACUGACGGGCACCUCGGCGGGCGCAAAACUGUACGAGCGGGGCGGAUGGAUUGCGAGUGGGAGUCUCAGCGUCGCUCUGCUGGGAUUGACAUUUGUGAUCUGUGCUUUGAGGGGGCCGUAUGAGGAGGGUUGGAUAGGCUGGCAUGGCGGGUGGGAUGUAAGGAAGAAGAACUUGGCCGAGGCGACGAGCGGACCUAUACCAAUUGCGGUGGAAGCGUCGAGCACGACUGAUGAAGAGAAGGGACCACGGAGAUGA